UCCCUUACAUAUCAUCCCCCGCUUCACACGCACAUUCCAGAGUCCUCCCUGCAAGCCACGCGCUCCAUGCUAAUGAUGCUUAUUGGUCAGCGUGGUGAAGGCGGGCAAGUACAUUCCUGUGGCUUUUAGCCCGAUUAAUGCGCGCGAUGAGGGCACAGCUUACGAUCUUAUUUCCCCGCCAUGAGCGGCUAUCAUGGCUGGAGCAGGAAUGAAAUAGACUCAUAAAGCUUCUGUUGGUGCCGCCCCGGCUCUGUCGGAUUAGUACUCCUUGGGAUAACCCUCUACCGCCAGCACAGCUAGUCGGCAAAGCGUAAACUAUGCGUCUCCUUACCAUCCUCUUCACACUUCUUGUAUCAUCUCCCUACGCCUCCGCGCGCCCUGAUGAGGACGAGGACGAGGGCCAGUCCAGCACUAUUACUUCUUCGGCGACGCUAGCGUGUGCGAGCGGAGACGCUAAAUCCAAAUACGAAUUCUGCUCCUCAUCCAUCUCCUCCAAGAUCGACGAAUGCGACGAUAAUGAUCUAGCCUGUGCAUGCACGCUCGCGAACUCGGGGUUCAAUUGCCUCACCUUCUACUGCCCCACGCACACCGAAGCCGUCUGCGCCGGCUCCCUCGCCCUCCACAACCUCUGCGCCCUCGUCAACGCGCCCCAACCUAUCCUAACACACCUCUCCUGCCCCUCCACCAUCCCAGACCUCCUCGCCACGCUCAUCCCUUCCCCCUUCCGCAGCCUCAUCCCCUCAGACGUCGAGUCUUUACUGCCCUCGGAUAUCAACAGCCGCAUCCCGACGGUCAUCCCGUUCUUUAAUGGGGAGGAGACGGGCGUGACGAGCACGACGGAUGGCGGGAGUGGAGGAGGGCAGACGGGAAGUGGGACUGCGAUGCAGGUGCCAAGUCAGACGGGCGCCGCGGGGGCGAAUAAGGGGUGGACGAGGGGCGCUGGUGCUGGGGGUGGUGGGGAGGGAGAAGGGCUGAGGGUUUUCUUGGGCGUGGGGAUUGUGGUCAGUAUUGCUGUUGGGUGGUGGGCUGCUUAUUUCCUACAACUAUAG